ACGACUGGAAAGCAGGAAAUGUUACUUUCAUUUUUACUCAUUUUUACAUUGUUCCCAUCGGUAACACAACUUUCGGGCUGCAGAAUCAGCAAAGCUCAUUCGUAAGGAUUCAUACGCUCCACAGAGGCUGAAAUACAACAUUUUUGUCAUUAUCUACUGACUGCGAAGCAUCAAACCAUGCCUUCAAGAAACCAUCUUGACAAAAUUGGAAGGAAGAAGAAAAAGAAAUGGACAGAGGAAGCCAUGGAGCACGCGCUGAUCGAGGUGAAGUCGGGGAGGUGCACUGUGAGACAGGCAGCCAAAGACUUUGGCGUCCCCAAAUCCUCGCUGGGGGACCGGGUCAGUGGACGGGUGACACCGGGGAGUCGCAGCGGGCCCGCUCAGCUUAUAACAUCUUCUGACGAGGAACUGUUGGUGGAAUUCUCCUUGUACGUGUCCAAGCAUGGAUUCCCGCUCACGAAGCAGCAGCUGGUGUCGUUCGCGUCUUCCAUUUACAAGCGUCAACACAGGAGGGUAGCCUUCUCUAAACUGGGCCAGACCUGGUGGCUCAACUUCAGAAAGCGGCAAGAAAAGAACAUUGCGAUUCAACCGGCAGACGGCGUUACGCGAGGUAGGAUGGUUGGUGUCAGGAAGGAAGCGUUGGAUCAUUUUUUUCACCUUCUGAGCUCUGUGGUGGAAGCUCACGCGUUGGGGGACAAGCCCCAGUACAUGUGGAAUUGCAACGAGAUGGGCUUCCAGCUGGCUCGGAAGAGGCUGCUUCUUCCCAAUGCUGCCGGUCUGGGUUGCAAGUCCACGCCGGGAUCCAAGGACUACAUCUCUGUCCUGGCUUGCUCGAACGCCGCCGGGAAGGAUGUUCCCCCGUUUAUCGUCUACUCCAAAGCCUACCCGGGAGGAGUGUGUUACAAGACACAAGGGCCGUCAGACGCCCUCUACGGCUGGUCGGACUCGGGAAGCGUCACCUCGGAACUUUUCAAGAAGUGGUUCCUCAGACACUUCCUGGCGCGCGCCCCUAAAGAGCGGCCGCUGCUCCUGAUUUUCGACGGCCACAAGUCACCCGUGAACCUGGAAGUGGUGGAGGCCGCCCGAAAGGAGGGCGUGGUCCUCGUGUGCCUGCCGCCUCAUUGCUCCCACAUCCUGCAGCCGCUCGACGCCGGCCUCUUUCCGCUCAUCAAGCGGCGGUUUGCCGUGCUGUUAGGUGACGCGCGCGCCACCGAUGCGACGCUCUUUGCGGUCAGCAAGAAGGACUUCUCGGGCGUGUUCAAGGCGGCGUAUCAGGUGGCUAAAGAGGACGAGGGUAUCAGGAUAGUUCAGGAAAGUUUUAGGAAAUGCGGCAUGUACCCCCUGAGCCGCUUUCCUUUUAAUGAAGCCCGUUUAAUGUCAUCGCCCAACGUGGACCCUGAAACCGGGGACGCUUUGUCGACAUCAGCGCAGCGUGUUGUAGGAAGAUUCACUGCUCCUGGACCUUCAGCCUAACUCUGUCACUUAAAACUCUUAACUGUAAGUAGCGCAAUACUGGAGCAUGUUAGUGGCGGAACCUAUAACGUCUUUCUAAGUAAAUUCAUCUUUGCAAGUGCACCAACUCAAUAUGUACGCCCGCAUCAACAAACUCUUGACGGGAAAUUGCCUGCGACCGCACGCUCACCUAUAAAUACACGUCAUGUUUUAUCAUGUUCCUAAAGCUAUGUGGGGGGGGAAGGGAACUCCGACCUGUCUUUUUUUUUUUUUUUUUUUUUUUUUUUUUUUUUCCCCCCCCUGUUGACAUGACCAAUUAUUUUGACCCCAGACUGUUUUCAAUUGUUUACCAGCACAAAUGUAUCCAUCAGAUAAUUGAGCUAUAAUUUACACACAUAAAAAUGAACACCAGAGGCUUAGCAGUGAAUGAGAGGAGCUCUUUGCAAGGCAAUUUGUCCCAGAACGAAUGUAAUUGAUUUACUUACUGACACGGGCAGACUUACUGACGCUGCUGCUCUUAUAAACGCAGAGCUUUUUCACGAUCUCACAACUGAUCGUACAACAUUAUUAUUACACUGACAUUGUUGAGUCCAUUUAUUGCUUUACUUCCUUAAAUAUCAGAAUGCAUUUUCACGUUCCCAAAAUAAAGACAGU